AUGAAAUCCACUGAUAGAAAAGUUGUGAUAACUUCAUUUAAAAAAGCCCAAAGAUUAAAAAAAAGUACGAGAAAUUUACUAUCUAGAAUUAUUAUUAAAAACGAGAAGGAUCGUCACUUUCAAAAUGUUGAUCCUGAUGGUGACUGUCAUCAACUUAAUGGAUUCAAAAUUAAACGAGAAAGGUUCGUUGAGUUGAGUCAACACAUUUGCCAAAUUUUCAAAAACCCUUUUACUUAUUAUACUCCGUACAGAAAGGUCAAUAAAAGGUGUAUUAAUCCAUCAGGAUGCUUAUACGAACAUUAUGAAUAUUCUAAACGAACAUUGAAAGCGAAAGGGUUAUUAAAACGGACUCACCAACCUUUGUUACCUGCUCUACACUAUAAACCAAGUGAAGUCGAAAAAGAAAAUUUAGAUUGGUUAGAAAAUCAUAUUACUCCAGAACAAACUGCUAUUUAUGUAUGGAAACUUACAUUUAAUGCUCGUAGCACUAGUCUUGUGAGUCGAAUGAUUAGAUUUGAUUUCGAAACUUUGUACCCGAAAAAAGAACAAAACUUCCAAGAUCGAUGGAAUGUGGUCGAAGCUUAUUUAGAAGAACAGUUAAGAGAAUGUGAAAAAAUAAAAAAUUUGACCGCUAAAGCUUUGGUUCUUCUUUUACCGUCGUUAUUGCAGAACAACACAACAGCUUUUAUUUUAUAUUUGCUCCCAUAUCUGAUUGAUGGCACACGAAUAAGCAAGAAAAAAUCGGAAAAUAACCCGUCUCAAUCCACAAGUAGUAAAGCUGUAAGUUUUCAAGAACGCAGAGAUUGUUUCGUCAUCCACGUCGAGGUAGCAACUGGACUUGAUUUAGCGAUUGAUCAACACAAAACGAAAUUGCAGGCUGCACAGUUGCCAUUCCAACCUGUAGUAGUACUCGUUGGUCCAUGUGCAGCAAUAGAAUCAGUAUACGUUUGCAUAAAUAGUUAA